GACCGGCAGACCGCAGAGCCAAUCAGGAUUUGCCAUCUGCAAACAUGGCGUCCGACUUCAGGUGGAGAUGUGUGCUGCUGCUGCUCUGCGCCUGUUUGCUCUGUGGUUUAGCGGCUGACAGCAAAGAGAAGCCCCAGAAAAAGAAGAACAUCCGUGACUACAACGAUGCAGACAUGGCGCGGCUGCUGGAACAGUGGGAGAAGGAUGAUGACAUUGAGGAAGGUGACCUCCCAGAGCACAAGAGGUCUCCUCCCCCGGUCGACUUCUCCAAGAUGGACCCCUCGAAGCCAGAGGAGCUGCUCAAGAUGUCCAAGAAGGGCAAGACUCUGAUGGUGUUUGCCACAGUGACAGGGGAUCCCACUGAGAAAGAGACGGAGGAGAUCACAGGCCUGUGGCAGGGCAGCCUCUUCAACGCCAACUUUGAUAUUCAGAGGUUCGUGGUGGGUUCCAACAGGGUGAUCUUCAUGCUGCGAGACGGCAGUCUGGCCUGGGAGGUCAAAGACUAUCUUGUGGCCCAGGAACGCUGCAUGGAUGUCACAGUGGAGGGACAGGUGUUCCCUGGAAAGCCUUCCAAGAAGGGCGGUGGCAAAGAUAACCAGCAGAAUGAAGUCAACACCAAGAAGAAGAGCAAGAAGAAGACGGAGAGCAAGAAGCCGGACUUUGAGGGGAACAGCGCCAGUCCUCAGAAAAUUGAGCUGUGAUGGAAUACCGCAGGGGGAGAUGAGGAGUCAUUGGUCCUUUGUUUUCCUUCUGGCCUCAGAUGUGUGUAUUCUCAAGACCAUGUUCUGUGAGGGGGCUGCAGAACCACAUGAAGAUGCAGUGAUUCAGAGACGGAAAUUGAGUCAACUAACUAAUCCUGUUCAGUAUAUUCACCUGGACUGCUGAACUCGAAUCACUGCUCGGUGAUGUACUGCCUUUCCUCCUGCUCUCCCUCACGGAAACACGUUGCAGUGACAAGUACUUUCUUGAAAUCAUCGUCAGAGUGGUCACAAGCUCCUGUGAAUCAGUUGUAACAUCAGUGCUGGCUGGUUUAGUUAUUUUCUUUUUACAUUAUCAUCAAAUGAAAACCAAUUCACCUGUCAUGUUAGAGGUACUCAGUUAAUGUUAUAAAACAAAUUUCUUUUUAUGUGCCAAGAGCCCUGUUGGGAACAGGAAGUGUCUUUCCUUCAGGUCCUGGCCUGUGUUACACACUGCUCACAUCCAGCAGCACUUUGAGAUUUCAUACAAAAGUAGCACCUGACUUUUCUCUUUGAUUUUUCACUGAAUAUGAAAAUAAACAUUUUUAUACAAUCA